UUUAAACAUCUGUCGAGACCUACAAUUAACCUAGUGACGCCUGUUAAGUUUUGUUUAUUUGUGAAUUACACUGCCUUGCUGGACAUCGCAGACUGCGCGGCUAAUUAAGGCGUUUAAUUCCGGAAAGCUGUGGAUAUAAAAGAAGAAAACAACUUGGACUUGCUAAUAAAUCGUAUGGCUUGAAGGUUUCACAUCCAGUCCCUGGCUUCAGCCAAUCACAGCCCAUGGAUUUCCUCGCAGACUAUGCCUAUAACGAGUCGUACUAUGGCAACGGGACAGAGUCGGCCAACGCCACGGACUGCGAGACGAGGCACCAAUACAACUACUACGCCAUGCUCCUCACCCUCCUCAUCUUCGUCAUCGUCUUCGGCAACGUGCUGGUGUGCAUGGCGGUGUCGCGGGAGAAGGCCCUGCAGACCACCACCAACUACCUGAUCGUCAGCCUGGCCGUGGCCGACCUGCUGGUGGCCACACUCGUCAUGCCCUGGGUGGUGUACCUGGAGGUUGUGGGUGAGUGGCGGUUCAGCAGAAUACACUGUGACAUUUUCGUUACCCUCGAUGUCAUGAUGUGUACGGCAAGCAUCCUGAACCUGUGUGCCAUUAGCAUUGACAGAUACACUGCCGUAGCCAUGCCGAUGCUGUACAACACCCGCUACAGCUCCAGAAGAAGGGUCACUGUCAUGAUUUCUGUGGUCUGGGUCCUGUCAUUUGCCAUAUCCUGCCCCCUCUUGUUUGGAUUAAAUAAUACAGCCACCCGCGACGACGCCCUCUGUGUAAUCGCCAACCCCGCCUUCGUGGUGUACUCCUCUAUCGUGUCCUUCUAUGUCCCCUUCAUCAUCACCCUGCUGGUUUACGUGCAGAUCUACGUCGUGCUCCGGAAACGCCGGAAACGCGUCAACACCAAGCGCUGCGCCCAGGCCACGGACGCCGACUCCACCGGCAAGGAGGCGGUGCAGCACAGUCACCACCUGGAGCUGGACAUGGUGAGCAGCCACAGUGGCCCUGAGAAGAAGAAGCUGGCCCCCGCAGCCUGCGGCCCUCAGCUCUGCACCCCCGGCUCCUCCAACCCCUGCCCCAGCUCGGCCCCGCCCUCCCCCGCCGUCAGCCGGGCCAACGGCGAGAACGGCCACGCCAAAGACGCCGACGCCCCCAAGACCGCCAAGGCCUUCGAGACCCAGGCCCUGCCCAACGGCAAAACCCGCACCUCCGUCAAGACCCUGAACAAGAGGAAAAUCUCUCAGCAGAAGGAGAAGAAAGCCACGCAGAUGUUGGCCAUUGUUCUGGGUGUGUUUAUUAUUUGCUGGUUGCCGUUCUUCAUCACGCACAUCUUGAACACUCACUGCACCACCUGCCAGGUCCCGGUGGAGAUGUACAAUGCUUUCACUUGGCUGGGAUAUGUCAACAGCGCUGUCAACCCAAUCAUAUACACCACUUUCAACGUCGAGUUCAGGAAGGCUUUCAUUAAGAUACUGCACUGCUGA